CUAGCUCCAGCUAUCGUGCCUGUAUUCCAGGCAGCGAGAAAGAGGAAAGAAAAGGAAAAAGCACACUUCUCCUUUAGGCGCCUUUCCUGAAAGUUGCACAUAUCACUUCUACUUACGUUUCAUGGGCCAGAACUUAGUCGCCACGGCCAUCUGGUUGCAAGGGUGGUGAGAAAGGCAAUCUUUAUUUGGGGUGAAUGUGACCUCGGCUACAAAUCAGAUGUAGGCAUUGCACUGCUAGUGUGUGAACAAGGUGUGGUGGGGGCUGCCAACGAUGCCUGAAGGGCGAUCAGGAAAGGCUUCCUAGAGGAGGUGAUACAGGAAUUUGCCUAAGACAGGCGAGGUUUGCUUUUUAUGAGAUGAAACAGAAUAAGCUGGGCAUUAACGGGAAAUUCGAUUUAAAAACUUGAAGUUGUUCCCAAACCUUUCUCAUUUUCUAAGAAAUUCUGUAUUGAGUCCAUGGCAAGAGUUAACUACCCCAACUGAGGAAUUAUUUGUUGAGUGGAUGAGUGAAUGAGUGAGGAGAGAGGGUUGUGAAUGACUCCCAGCGCUGUGACCCUGGGGGGUUCCUGGGGCAGACCUUCUUUUCUGAAGGUAGCCACCAUCAUCCCUCUCACCUCACGGGCCCUUCCGCAAUUUGUCCUUGUCGCUCCUCCGGAAGGUGGGAUCUGUCGCACGACCCCUGGGAAUCCGGGCAAACGCUGUGGCUCCUUUGGCCCACAGAGCCGGGCACACGUGAAGCUGCGUUAAUUCUAGAAGAAGCCCUUAACUGGCCUUGUGGUUUCCACCUCCUGCUUCUUGUGACGACCCGGCUGGUGAGGAGCCCGAGUCACAUGGAGAGGCCUGGAGGAGGGGACCCCACGGAGAGAGAGACAGAGAGACAGAGAGAAAGAGAGAGAGGAAGGGAGAGACUAGGGCGGGUCAAGAUGCCAGGCAAGUAAUAAAGAAGUCAGUUAUCUUGGACCUUCCAGUCCCGCUGCCCUGGCUGAUGCCACGUGGGUUGGAGAACCAUCCCGCUGAGUCCUCCUUGGAUUCCAGACCCACAAGUGCUCACGUGAAAUAAAUGUGCUUUGCAGCAGAGCAACGGAUCUCUGGAAACCUGCCUUGAGAGGCUAGGCUAUGGAGCAUGCUGGGCUGUCCCUGGCAGAGCCCCACACGGAGGGCCAGUGGAGGACAUCUGGGGUGCGCUGACGGGGUGACCAAAGCCAGCCGUGGGCAUAAGUCUCGUGUGGCCUCCGUCAGCCAUCAGCCAUUCUGCACGGAGAGAGAGAGGGCUCCUUAGAGGCACUAUCUCACGUUUUUAGACGCACCCAGAACUAGCCUGUCAGGUAAACAGCAAGGGAGCUCUCGAACACAUCUAGGCUCCUGUCAAAAGGACUCAGGAACCAGCUUGAAAAGGUCCACACUGGCCAGAGAAGAGACAAUGUGAGCCUUUGUAAGGACAAGAGCCGGGAUGGGCCUCGCCCCUCCUGGGAACUCCUCUCCCCGCCAUGACACGGGCCUGCCUUGACUGCCCAUGAGCCGAAGCCCCGCUCGGACCCUUCCUUUGUCUCUGUCGUUCUCCAAAAGGCUUGCUGUGUCUUCUCGAUCCUCCCUUCUCUCCAGACACCAGAUCUGCACGUCUUUCCCACCCCGUGACUCCCACAGCAGUGGGGCCAUGGCCCCAGCCUCUCCUCGGGCAUCGUGGAGGCCACUCCAAGCAAGGCUGGAGUGCGUUGGGCCUGGCAGUUCGGAGGGGCCGUAGGGCAUGCAUGAGCAAGGAGGGAAAUGAGGUCUAGGCCCGUUCCAUCCCGUCUCCUGGUGAGUCUGGGGAAGACGGCGGGCGUCUUUGCGUGCAAAGGCCAGGAGCAGGGAUGGGUUUGGAGUGCGGAGGAUGGCUGGUUGACCCACCCCACGGUCUUGCAAGAAGCUCCAAAGGAGAAGCCUUUAAAGCUCUUGGCAGCUUGAAGGGGUUGCGUUGCUGGUAGGCCCAGUGCCACAGGUGACCUGGACCGGAGCCCGGGUGGGAGCCAGAUCUAUUUUACUCCCACAGGACCUGCCUGGCCUUUGUCGGCUGUAGGGAGGUGCAUUUCCCCCUCCCCUGUGGGCAGCAAAUUCCCCACGAGUCAGCAGGAAGUGCCUCUGGGCUCACCCACCGGCUUCUAUUGGCUUGUGAGAUGGAUGAGCCAAGUGCUGAGCGUGGGCUCCUUCCCUUCAUUCAGUGGAGAACAAAUUAAGGCACCUGGGGUCGAGGCUUAAGGCUCUUGGUCCCCUGUGCCCGUACCCCGUGCCGGGCACCGUCCUCAAGUUUUCGCGUGCUAACCGGCCCAACGUCCGAACUCUGUUGCACGGACCCAACAGAGAGCAUUUCGUUUCACAACAGUGCUGUAAGGAGCUGGCCGGAGAGGGCUCCCCGCCCGCGUCAGGUACUGAUCAGAAACUCCGGGCUGGGACCAAUAAUGCGCUGUGUCUUCAUAAGCUCUAGAUGAUUGUUGGCAGUAAGGAAGCUGACCGUGGUCUCAUCCGUCCUGCACCUGACCAGGUGUGGCACAGAGUAAGUGCGCGUUACAAUGAGUGAGAUCAAUAGCUCGUCUGCUGCUCUGCCAUCAGAGGCCUCAAAUGAGAUCGUGGACAUAGAGUGCCUGAUUGAAGCCUCAGCACACAGUAGGCCCUCACUAAGGGGGGCAGGAAGGAUUGUCCCGGCACCAAGGUUGGAGGGCUGCGCGCUGGGAGCCGGUGGGGCUCGCCGAGGAGGGAGAGAACCAGGACGGAAGAUUCAAGGUUGGGGGGCGUGGCGACUGCUGAUGUCACAAUGCCCCCAUUUGCCUGGAUGUGUCGGGCUCCUGGACCCCUCCGAGGCUGGCAGAGGGGAUGGCCGGCAGCAGCGAGAAGAUCACCGGGGAAGUGGAAUCCAGGACCAGGGGGACAUUUGCGGACCAGAAAUAAGCACGGGGCAGAAGAACCACCAAGAUACUGGCGGAGGCAUGGGGAAUCACCGAGACCUGUCAGGUAUCUGGGCCUUGAAUGUGAAGAAGAACUCUUUAAUGAUGGAGGUGAUCGAAGCAAGAAAGGCGAAGAGAGACAAAGAACUCACAGAGAACAUCGGGCUUCCCCUGAGUCUGCUUGAAAAGCACAGCCCGUGGCCAGCCUAUGUCACCUACACGUCCCCGAUGGUGAAAAAACUCAUUGAGAAAAGCAAAGCCAGGGACCUGGGUUCUAUGCAAGCACUUGAAGAAAGCCAGCGGGCCUCAAAGCAGAGCCAACCUUCCGGCAUCGCGCAGCUGAAAAGGAGAAAGUCAUCUAAGUCCUCCGGAGACGCGAUGUCCAAGGACGGGAGGUCAGAGACCAUGUUAUCGGUAUGGAGCACGUAUUCGGUGACGAGCCUGGGGCCCGCCGUCAUGCCCGAACCGAUACGCUUUGAUACGGAGUCCAGAGAAAACCCCACUGCAAACUAUAACAAGAUCAUCUUCUCUCGAAAACCUAUGAUGAGGAUCCUUCCAUACAGCUCACUUCUAGCCAACAAGGAGACACAUUCGAAUAUUUAGCAGGGAAUCCCUGCAACCACCCACCGCCCUCCCUUCCCAAGACGGUACAGCAACGAAGCUCCAUUUGUCACCAAUUUUACUACGUCCUCUGAAUGUGAACUUGCCCCUGCUUGUGCAGAGGUUGGCCAGAGGCAAACCGGAUCAGAAUGUGGGCCGCGGGUGGGGGGUGGGGGAACCCUCUCCAGCGUCACCAUCUGGUAGGGAUGGGAAGUGCCAUGUUCUAGUUCCUGCCGUAGACGCUUAGAACCUGACUGAGGGUGAAUCAGUCCUGGUCUAGGCAGGAGACAGAAAUCACCCCGGUUGUGAUGCCAGCGAUAAUGUAAUGUGAAGAAUUACUAACCAGGUGGCUGAAAAAGGCAGGGGGGAGGCCACACAGGUAUUAGGGGCGGUAGCACCUGUAGGAAGCAGUUUUCACAAGGCUGCACAAGGGAAGAUAUCGGACUUGUUAAAGUUAGGCACUUGGAGAAGGGGUGCGCGGGCUGAAUCUCAGAUUUCUGAGAUGCGGGGGACAGGGGUGCUCCUCAGCAGGUUCCCGGGGUCUCUGAGCUUGGAGAAAAGUUCCUGCGGGGCCGGUACCUCUGAAUCUGAGGAGGAGAAGGUCUCUGGCUGAGGCGGGCUCCGUGGUUGCUGAGAAAACCAAAACGCCGGAGUCCAAU